AUGUGCAAGCUGCAGUUGUCAUUAGCAAUUAUAAAACCACAUGCAGUGAAAAAUCCCGUUGCGCUUUCAUACAUCAGAAAUGUUAUAAAAAAUAAGUUCGUUGUGGUGAAAACAAAAAGAGUUACUUUGGACCAGGAAACUGCUGGUAACUUUUACAUAGAACACGAAGAGAAAUUUUUCUUUAACAGGCUCGUCACUUUUAUGUCCAGUGGCUACAUAGAUUUACAUGUACUUGGGCACAGAAACGCAAUUCAGUUGUGGAGGACAAUGCUAGGUCCUACUAAAGUGUUCAAAGCACAAUUUGAAGAUCCAUACUCUUUAAGGGGCAUGUUUGGUCUCUCAGACACAAGGAAUGUAGCACAUGGAUCAGAUUCGAUAGCAUCAGCGGAAAGGGAAAUAAAAUUUUUCUUCCCAGACUUCUCUUUCUAUGAAUGGCACACAAACACUGAACAGCUAUAUAGAAAGGGUCCCAUUAUAUUCAAUAAACAUUUGUUUCAACAUGUAAGGAAAUUGUAG